UGGGCCCCGGCCACCCUCUUUCCCCAUCACGGCAGCUCCCGUUUGCUGAUACAGGUGCAAGUCCUCUCCCGCUGCCUGCCUGACCGGAGCCCUUCACCAGCCUGCAGGCAGUCCUCAGCUGUUUCCUGUGAGCCUGCAAACGCUACCUGAGAUGUCCCCUUUUGGUGGCUGUGGAACGCUCGCAGCAUUUCUUGCCCUGCUCUGCUGCCGUGGGUCUGGUGUGAAGGCGUUCGUGGAGCCAGAGCAUCUGAUGGUGGAGUCCGGAGAGUCUCAGUUCAUUAAUUGUACUGCCAGUUGCACGGACCCUGAAAAACUUGUUCUGGAGACAGAGCUAAACAAUAUUCUCCUGGAGAGCCAGGCUCAGUGGAAGCUGUUCCAGGUCUACAACAUCUCCAAGGACGUAGAGCUCCUGUGCAGUUUCACCUGUGGCGACAGGCAGGAGACGAAAGUUUUCAUCGUCACCGUGUUCUACCCUCCAAAGCAAGUGCUCCUGACGCUGAGGCCCACCUCAGUGGCCAUAGGGACACCGUUCACCAUCGAGUGCAGGGUCCCCGCCGUGGCGCCCCUCGAAGGCCUCACUGUCACCCUGCUCCGUGGUACUGAGAUCUUGUACAAUCAGACCUUUGUGGGGACAGCACCUUCCCCCCAAGAUGCCUUGGUCAGCCAUAACACCACAGCUCACAGGGAAGACGGCCACCAUAACUUCUUGUGCGAGGCCCAAAUGGACCUGCGCUCUCGCGGUGGUGGCCUUGUCCACAGAAUCUCAGAUCCCCAGAGGCUUGAAGUCAAAGAGCCCGAGCCCAACACCCAGAUGGUGGCCCUCAUCACCCCUGUGACAGUGCUGCUGCUCAUGGUUGUGACUCUCGUCCUCCUGUGCCAGUACCGAUGGUGGACAGCCUUCCACACAUGGUAUUGGUGGUAUAACCGCUAA